AUGACAGUUUGUGUUUGGAUUGCAGUCCACCCGCUGAUCCAAGUGCCGAACCAGCUGGUGGGGGCGCCCACCGGCACGGACGUCGCCCUGCAGUGCCACGUCGAGGCCUCCCCCAAGGCCAUCAACUACUGGACGCGCGACACGGGGGAGAUGAUCAUCGCCAACGACAAGUACAACAUGACUGAGAUCAACAGCUCCUUGUACAGCGUCCAGAUGAAGCUGGUCAUCCGCAAGAUCAAGAAGUCCGACCUCGGUGGCUACAAGUGCAUCUCCAAGAACUCCAUUGGCGAUGCCGAGGGCAACAUCCGACUCUACGAAAUGGAGCUGCCAAAGCGUGCUAAGAGCGCGCUCGAUGGCCUAGACGACGGGGACAGUGGCUCCGAAGCCGAGUCAUCAGGGGAGGCGGACCUGGAGGAGAACAGCCCACGGCUCUACAAUGGCUACCGGGAAUCCCUGCGAGAGACGGCGGGAGGCCCGGGAGGAAGCGACUCUGGGGGCGGGCUCGGUGGCGGUGGCGGCGGAGGUGGCGGCCUAGCACUCACUUGGCUGCUGCCACUGCUGCACCUGCAGCUGUGA